ACUAUUAAAAGACUUCAUCCCGAGCCAUUAGAGCUAUGUUCCAAUCGCAGAACUGAUGGAGAAAAGAUGAGAAUAAUGAUAAAGCUAACAACUGCAGUGAGCCCGGGUGAUUACCACUAUCUACAAGUUUUCAACAUUAUCAUCCGCAAAUGCUUCCACUUACUGCAGUUGAAUCUUGUUGGCAGAGACUUCUUUAAUCCUGAAGCUAAGAUUGACAUUCCGGAGUAUAAUCUGCAGAUUUGGCCUGGUUAUAAAACAACUAUCAACCAGUAUGAAGACAAGAUUUUGAUGGUUACAGAACUCACGCAUAAGGUUAUGCGUAUGGAUACAGUGAUUCAAAUGUUGAGGGAAUAUACAAAGACGAAGGGAAAUAACUUUAAAAAUGAUUUCGUGACAGAUAUUACAGGUCAAAUUGUGCUGACAGAUUACAACAAGAGAACCUAUAGAAUUGAUGAUGUGGAUUGGAAAAAUACACCUUUAUCCACCUUUAAAACAAAGGAUGGUGAUAUCUCAUAUGUCGACUAUUAUUACAAGAAAUACAACAUUCGCAUCAACGAUGUGCGUCAACCGAUGUUGGUGUCGCGUUCGAAGUUGCGCCAGGUGCGCGCCGGCAUGUCCGAGCUGGUGUACCUGGUGCCGGAGCUGUGCCGCAUGACGGGCCUGUCGGACGCCAUGCGCGCCAACUUCCAGCUCAUGAAGUCCAUCGCAGCGCACACCAAGAUCGGCCCCGAUGUCCGCAUCAGGAAACUGCUCGAAUUCAACAAGCGAUUCAUUCAGAAUAAGGAAGUUGUUACUGCGCAGUCUUUAAACCAAAAGGUAGACAAGUCCAUUGAUAAUGGCUGUCUUGAGUAA